AUUCUACUUCAAUUCAUUAAGUUCACACUGAGAUUGCAAAAAUUCACAAAAGUUCACACUCCAACCAUAUUUUACACUUCACUAAACACUUCUAUUAAAAAGGAGAAAAACCCUUUUACGCUUUUAUCAAAACAGCCGCUAGUUUUUACAAAAUCAAGGAUCGAAUGCUUGUCUAAAUUUGAUAAAAAUUUCUUGUUUCCAUUCAAGCUCUUUGGAAAAUAUUUCAGCAUUAAAGCUUAUUUGACCCAACAAUUUACUCCAAAUCCUCAAACCCUCUUCCCCAGCAGAAAAUCAUUGUAAUCCUAAGCUCCUAGAUAUUCACCAGUAUCCCAUGGCAUUGACCUCAACACCCAUCCUGAUAAUUUGCAUUGUCAUCUCUCUAGUCUACAUUUCCUCUGCUCAAACCUGCUCAAACUACACCUUUUCAACUAACCAAGUAUUCAAUUCCUGCAUUGACCUUCCAGUAUUACAGAGCCAUCUGCACUGGAACUACAUUCCAUCCACCAGAAGCAUUCAGAUUGCUUACAGAGCAACUCAAACUUCUACAGGAUGGAUUGCAUGGGCAAUCAAUCCAACUGGAACAAGCAUGAUUGGAUCGCAGGCUAUUGUUGCUUUUCUCAAUGCUAAUGGGACUAUGACAGCUUAUACAACACCAAUAACCAGUUACAACCCUUCAAUGAAACAAGCAGCCCUUAGCUUUCGGGUUUCAAACAUCUCAGCAACAUAUGCCAAAAAUGAAAUGACUAUUUUUGGUGUUGUGGGCCCACUAAACAAUGGAACAACUGUUAAUCACGUCUGGCAAGCUGGAAGUUCAGUUGUAAACAAUAUCCCUCAGAUGCAUCCAACAUCAGGCCCCAACAUUCAAUCGACUCUGCAGAUAUAAGAAUUUUCAGUGACGUCUACUUUAAUGCAACUGGCUCCAUUCUACUACAUCUCACCAUCAACUACUUGCAAAUAUUCUUAUCCAUGGAUGCUCCACAUUUUGCAAAGAUUUUUACAAGCUCAGUUUAUCCAAUAAACUUACUUGGUCUAUACAAAAAAGAAUGAAAGGGCCAAAAGAUCAGGAAUUACAAAUCUAGCAAAAAUAAUCUAUCAAAAUAUCUUUCUUCUUUAGUUCAUAACCCCUACAUUCAAGUGAAAUGCCGUCUCAUGAGAUGACAUCCUUAAACCAUAGUUAAUCCAAUAUACUUGCUUGGUCUACACAGAUAAAGUUAUGCAUGAGUAACUACAUUACCCAGCAAAUGCAGGAGCUCCUCAUGCUUGGGCUUUGUUA